AUGGACCCCUCUAAGCCGUCCCUUGAACAUGUCGAGGUUGGCAAGGAUGGCGUGGAAUCCAAAGAAAUGGCCUUGCAGGAGACCAGCGAGGCGAUUCAACUGGCUGAAGCCGUCGAGUCCAUGAAAUGUAGCCCAUGGACUCCCAAUAUGUUUCGCCUGUACGGCUGCUUAAUGGUCGCAUAUCUCUGUGGCUGUCUCAAUGGAUACGAUGGGUCGCUCAUGGGAGGAGUGAAUGCGAUGACUUCAUAUCAGCAAUACUUCCAUAUGAAAACCGCGUCUUCGGGAACUGGAUUGGUUUUUGCCAUCUACAAUAUUGGAUCCAUACCCGCUGUCCUUCUCUCCGGCCCGGCAAAUGAUAUAUUGGGACGCCGGAUGGGCAUGUUUAUCGGAGCUGCGAUUAUCAUUGUCGGAACUUGCGUCCAAGCACCAGCUAUUAAUCACGGAAUGUUCCUUGCUGGUCGAUUUAUCCUUGGGUUUGGAGUCAGCUUUUGCUGCGUGAGCGCGCCAUGCUAUGUCUCUGAGAUGGCACACCCAGUCUGGCGUGGUACGCUGACGGGUCUCUAUAAUUGCACCUGGUAUAUCGGAUCGAUCGUUGCUAGUUGGGUCGUAUAUGGAUGCCAAAGUAUCGCCACCGCAAACGGCUUUCGCAUCCCAAUCUGGUGCCAAUUGGUUUCAUCCGUCAUCGUGGCCUGCACCACUUGGUUCCUACCGGAGUCUCCACGUUGGCUCAUGGCACAAGACCGCGUUGACGAGGCCAUCCAGGUCCUUGCGACGUACCACGGCGAAGGUGAUUCUAGCCAUCCGAUUGUGACUCUCCAAGUCAAGGAGAUGCAACAUCAGAUUUCUGUCACGGUGGAUGAUUCCAGUAAGAAGUGGUGGGAGUACCGUGAGCUCUUCAACACACACUCAGCUCGCCGUCGCUUCAUCUGCGUGGCCGGCAUGGCUUGCUUUGGCCAACUGUCUGGAAACAGUCUCACUGGGUACUAUCUUCCAGUGAUGGUGGAGAAUGCGGGUAUUGGUUCCGUCAAAACGCAGUUGAUGCUGAAUGGAAUUUAUCCAGUCAUUUGUUUUUUUGCCGCCAUCUCUGGUGCAGGUCUCACAGAUCGUAUCGGCCGACGACCGCUGAUGAUCUACUCGCUUCUCUUCUGUUCCAUCGCCUUUGCAGUUAUUCUCGGGACUUCGAAAAUGUCGGUCGAUAACCCGGACAACUCUAGUGCAGCGAAUACUUCCGUUGCAUUCAUUUACCUUUUCGGCAUCGUGUUUUCCUUCGGUUGGACACCGUUGCAGAGCAUGUAUAUCGCUGAGACGCUAUCCACCAACACACGAGCAAAGGGCACGGCAGUUGGAAAUUUGCUAUCCAACAUCAGCAGCGCCAUUAUCUCCUACAGCUCAGGACCAGCGUUCGCGAAACUGAAGUAUUACUUUUACGCGGUGUUCAUCGUUUGGGAUCUCAUUGAAAUGGUCGUGAUUUACUUCUGGUUCCCAGAGACCAAAGAGCGCACCCUGGAGGAGCUCGAAGAAGUUUUCUCCGCGCCAAAUCCAGUGAAGAAGAGUCUGGAAAAACGCGAUAUCACCACUGUUUUGCGGACUUUGGAGGUCACGGAUGACCAUAAUACACGGAAUGGCGUCUGA